GAAGUGGAUGGAGACAAGGUUGGUAGCAAGAGUGGGAGGUGUGUAGCAUGGUCCAACAUACAAAAGUUAACCCAAAAGCCACCGACCAUGGGGCCAAAUGGGGGGGCCAAUGAUUCAUUUUACCCCCUUUCACAAGCUAACUGUUCCAUCUUCCCGUUCCCUGUCUGAUUUCCAGAUAGUCACUCUCUUUUCAUCCGCCAUUAACGCGCCCCUCAUCCUCCGAUAUCACAGCCGGAGCUCAUUUUCUCUCCCACCGCCGUGGUUUUGUCUCCUUGAAUUGAUCUUACGCGCCGAUUUUGCUGAUGAUAAGCUCACAUCAUCCAUAUGCAUCGAUCCCAAACAGGAAAAAAGAGUUGAAGAUCAGUUCCAAAAAAACAUGGUUUUAGAAAAUGCUUCCACUUCCAGCUUAUGCUUUGAUUGCAACAUAUGUCUAGAAUCUGCCCACGAUCCGGUGGUCACACUUUGUGGCCACUUGUACUGCUGGCCUUGCAUUUACAAGUGGCUCCAUGUACAGGGCCCGACCCCGGAUUCAGAAGACCAUCCCCAGUGCCCUGUUUGUAAGGCUCGCAUCUCAAAAUCUACGCUGGUCCCACUCUACGGCCGCGGUUGUUCAUCAUCAUCAUCAUCAUCCGACACCGAAUCCAAGAAACAUGGAAUGGAGUCCUCCAUUCCUCAAAGGCCACCUGCUAUUGGCACGAAUAUGCCACUCCCAAAUGCAGCACAACCACGGGAGCAACCUCAUUCACCGCCCCCUUUCCAUGCUUUUGGCAGCUUCGGGCCUUCUGUGGAGGUUGCUGGCAUCUUCAGCCCAAAUGUGGGGAUGUUCGGGGAAAUGAUUUUUGCAAGAAUGCUUGGUUGCACCGACACGACCGUGUUUGCUUAUCCAAGUGCAUCUGCAUUUGCCGCCGCCGGCGGUGGUGGUAGCCCCAGAGUGAGAAGGCAAGAAAUGCAGGUGGAGAAGUCUCUUAACAGGUUAUCCAUCUUUCUCUUGUGCUGCUUGAUCUUGUGCCUUCUUUUGUUCUAAUAACUAAGUUCCUAAUUUUCUUUUAUUUGUAAGAAAUAUAAGCAAAAAGG